UUGGCUUGGCACUCUCCAGUUAGUUGGCGGCCAUCUUGGAUCUACCAAUCAAGCAAACCACCCUUACUUUUGGGAUGAGAGGGAGGACUUUAACCGAAUUUGAGUCUUUCGGGGUACCAGCCCCAGCGGAAAGCGGGGCAGUGCGUAUCGGAAGCCGAAAAUCAACAGGAACCCAAGCCGCCAAAAUUGGCUGCAAAUUCUAAGACCGGUUUUACGUGAACUCUUCCCUCCCCUAUUCCUUGUCUGAACGUUCUGUCAAUUUGUUUGAGGACCUGUGAACUAUUGGAAUACCGUUUAUUGAGCUUUACAAUAGAUUCGUUCACGAAAAACGGAUUGUUACAUUUUGGAGCUCGGGGUUAUGGUUUGUUUUUGGACAACUUUUGGGGGGGGAAUUGUCUUUGUCACAAUCAGUCCCACCGGUGUACGGUGCGUUCUGUACAGUAAUGCGGUUCGAUAAUGUAUUUAAUGAAUCGGUGUUAUAGACAUCUUCCGGCGUAUGUUUUGCUGGAACUUGGCUGUGGCGUUGCGUUAAUGUGGGUGAACGAAUCCAUGAUCUUAAAUAUCCGUUCCAGACCUGUUUUACUGUCGUUAGACUAAGGCAAAGCAAAAGCAAAAAGCAGACGCUGAACCAUUUCGGGGAUCAAGAAAUUAUUAAAAUGUCAACCAGAACGCCACUACCUACUGUUAAUGAGCGUGACACUGAAAAUCACACCUCACACGCUGAUGGGCGCAAUGAGGUUACCACGCGACCCAGCCGCUCGGGCUCCCGCUGCCGGAACUCUAUUGCCUCGUGUGCCGAUGAGCAGCCGCACAUCGGAAACUAUCGGCUGCUCAAAACCAUCGGCAAGGGAAACUUCGCCAAGGUCAAGCUGGCACGCCACAUCCUCACGGGCAGAGAGGUUGCCAUUAAAAUAAUUGACAAGACACAACUGAAUCCUACCAGUCUUCAAAAGCUCUUCCGAGAAGUCAGAAUAAUGAAGAUUCUAAACCAUCCAAACAUUGUGAAACUGUUUGAGGUGAUAGAGACUGAGAAAACUCUCUACCUGGUGAUGGAAUAUGCCAGUGGAGGGGAGGUCUUUGACUACCUCGUAGCUCACGGGAGGAUGAAGGAGAAGGAAGCCAGGGCUAAAUUUAGACAGAUUGUGUCAGCUGUGCAGUACUGCCAUCAGAAAAAUAUUGUACACAGAGACCUGAAGGCUGAGAACUUACUCCUGGACGCUGACAUGAACAUCAAGAUAGCCGACUUUGGCUUCAGUAACGAGUUCACAAUGGGCAAUAAGCUGGACACAUUCUGCGGCUCCCCACCCUACGCCGCCCCAGAGCUGUUCCAGGGGAAGAAGUACGACGGGCCUGAGGUGGACGUCUGGAGCCUGGGAGUCAUACUGUACACGCUCGUGUCAGGGUCGCUGCCCUUCGACGGUCAGAAUCUGAAGGAGCUGAGAGAGCGUGUUCUAAGGGGUAAAUACCGUAUCCCUUUCUACAUGUCCACCGACUGUGAAAACCUCCUCAAGCGCUUCUUGGUGCUCAACCCAUCCAAGCGUGGUACACUUGAGGUGAGGGAGGAUGUCCAAAAUCAAAUCAUGAAGGACCGGUGGAUAAACGCAGGCCUAGAGGAGAAUGAACUGAAGCCAUUCAUGGAGCCAGAACAGGACAUCACAGACCAGAAGAGAAUAGACAUCAUGGUGGAGAUGGGCUACACUCAAGAGGAGGUCACUGAGUCUUUAACCAGGAUGAAGUAUGAUGAGAUCACCGCCACCUACCUGCUACUGGGCAGGAAGUCCACAGAGUUAGAGGCCAGUGACUCCAGCUCUAGCAGUAACUUGUCUCUGGCCAAGGCGCGGCCCGCCAGCGAGCACAACAACAACGGCCACUCUUCUGCCCAUCUCAAGACCCAGCGGUCCAUCUCCAGCACCCAGAAACAGAGACGCUACAGCGACCAGGCCGGUCCGUCCAUCCCUUCGGUGGGCUACCCCAAGAGGAGCCAGACCACCUCGGCCGACAACGGCGACUACAAAGAGGACGGGGGUGCUCAGACCCGGAAAUCUGGUUCGUCGGGUGGGUGCAGUGGCGGCGUUGCCCCUGCCAGUCCCCUACUGGGUAAUGCCAACAACCCCAACAAGGCCGACAUCCCCGACCACAAGAAAGGCUCCACCACACCCACCGCUAACUCAACAUCAGGGGGCAUGACGAGGAGGAACACGUAUGUGUGUAGUGACAGGAAUGCCUCGGACCGCCACUCCGCUGUCAUCCAGAAUGGAAAAGAGAACAGCACGACGGCGACGUCCAGUCAACGGAACCCUGGCGGCGCCACGCCCCCCGACCGGGUGCAUUUCCCCCGUGGCACGGGCAGCCGCAGCACCUUCCAUGGCGGCCAGCUGCGGGAGCGCCGCACUGCCACCUACAACGGCCCGCCUGCUUCGCCCACGCUCUCGCAUGACGCCACACCCCUCUCGCAGUCCCGCAGCCGCGGCUCCUCCAACCUCUUCACCAAGCUCACCUCCAAGCUCACACGCAGAGGCCCAGCAGAGUUUGAGAGAAACGGGAGGUUGGAGGGUUCAAGUCGCAACAUGUCAGGUGAUCAGGAGGACCAGCAGCACCCUCAGCCCCCCCACGGCCAACACCCCAAGGACAUCAAGCCACGCUCCCUCCGCUUCACCUGGAGCAUGAAGACCACAUCAUCCAUGGAGCCCAAUGACAUGAUGCGCGAGAUCCGCAAGGUGCUGGAUGCCAACAACUGCGACUACGAGCAGCGCGAGCGCUUCCUGCUGCUAUGUGUGCACGGCGACGGCCACGCCGAGAGCCUGGUUCAGUGGGAGAUGGAAGUGUGCAAGCUGCCGCGACUCUCACUCAACGGUGUGCGCUUCAAGCGGAUCUCGGGCACAUCCAUCGCCUUUAAGAACAUUGCGUCCAAAAUCGCCAACGAGCUCAAGUUGUAGGGCCUCCUAAAGAUAUGAUGGGGGGAGUGUUGAGCGAGCAGGGAAAAUAUUGCGAUUUGAAAUAGACUAAAGCAGGGAUAUUCAACUCUUACCCUAUGAGGUCCAGAGCCUGCUGGUUUUCUGUUCUACCUGAUGAUAAAUAAUUGCACCCACCUUGUGUCCCAGUUCUAAAUCAGUCCCUGAUUAGAGGGGAACAAUGAAAACAUGCAGUGGAACUGGCUUUGCGGUCCAGAGUUGUAUUUGACGAGACUAAAGUAGGUUGCGUAACGUGGGGAAAGAAAGCGCUUCAAAAUGGACUCUGAACAGUCGUUAUAAAAAACUUAAGUAGCAAAUUCACAACGGUUUUCCUCCAAGACACUUACAAAGUAUGUAUUGAAAACUAUGUAUAGCUUUUGGCAAUAAU